UAUAUAAGAAUGUGCUCCUCGCCAGAGCAAACAUUUUUCCCGGUGAAUGAUUCUCAUGAAGCAGCCAUGAACAUGACUGAAGCCGGUGUUCCAAGGAGGCUCCGUGCCACUAACAAGAGAUACUUCUAUUUCACCACAGCUUCCCUCACGGUGUGCCUCGUCUUUGCUCUAGCAACCGUCAUGGUCCUAAUCGUUCAGAGGAAGGGCCUGGCUCCCCCAGAGGAUGGCAUUACACAUGCAAGCAGAAAAGGGAAUGAUUUAGAUGUUUUAACAACCCUACAGAAUGCUUCAUUUAAGAAAGCGGCGGCAUACAUGACAGUGUCAAAGCCAAUAAAUAGUCCAAAACUGAAGUGGACUAAAAAUCGUAUUCUCCAAGACAUCACGUACAACAGCAACGGAGACCCGGUGAUCCAGACGCCAGGCUUGUACUUGGUCUACUGCAACUUGCACUUUCAUCUAACCAACUUCUCAAGAAACACAAUCGACCUACAGGUGGAGCUUCUUGUGAAUAACGCCACCAACAGGCAAACGUUACUCACACACUGUCCCACCACCAACAGGCAAACAGUAUUCAAGCAGUGUGCAUCAGUUGCAGACUCUAACAGGAUAUUUCAGGAGCUCUCCAUACUCCAUCUGGUGAACCUAGAUGCAAAUGACUGGAUAUCAGUAGAAACUAAGCAGUACAAAUAUUUGGAUUUAGAUUUCUUUCCCAAUGACAAUGUUCUUGCAGUCCUCAGGUACAGUGAUAAAAGUAAGGAGUGCACUGACUGCUCCCUGUAGCUCAAAGUAACCUACCUUCAAUGACAAUGCCUCUGCUGGACAAUACCUGGUCUUAGUUGACAUACAUUACCUCAUCCUAAGGGGAAAUAAGGAACUUUCCAAGCGUCCAAAAGAGAAAUCUAAAACACAAUAAAACAUUCACCCAACAAACAUAGGAAAACACUCUGCUUUGGCCGAAAGUGGGAUUGCCUGUGAUGCCAGAAGACUGUCCGUCAGGAACGAGGCCAGCAAGUGACUCGCAGUCAUGACAAUGGUGCCUCAAAACAAAAACAACCAAAUUAGGAGAAGAACUUUCCAUGCUGAAAAUGAUCAGAUAUCUGAUAUCUUCCACUUACAGAAGCAGCUGGGCAAGCAUAACUAGUCUGGGGGGAAUGGAACCUCUUGUCAUCUGAGGAUUUUGGAAUUAUACACGAUAGUACUUUGAGCUAGUUUUUUCCAAAAACUAGCAGUCAAAGCUGAUUACUGAUGCUUUCUUUACAACUAGAGCAAGCAGCUGUAAAUCUGUGAGAUAGCCUGUGGGCAGCAUCGUUGAAAGCAGAGGUGGGAAGAAGUUAGGUCAUGAGAGGCAAUGUGGCCCAGCAGUUAGGGCACUGGACUGAGACUUGGGUUCUGUUCCCUAUUCUGCUACUGACCUGCAGGGUGGCUUUGCACAAGGUGUUUCACCAUUGGUCCAUCUUUCGUAUUUAAAUUGUAAGCUCUCUGGGGCAGGGACUAUG